UUUCAGAGCUCAAUGUCGACGACUUUGAGUCUUCUUUUUCGAAGAUUUGCCUUAACUCGUGGAAAACGCCGACUUAUAACUCCAAAUAAACUAAAAUUGAAAACGGCGUCAACUGAUCUGAUUUUAAACCCAGAGAAAAGUGAAAAACAGAAUUCUUUUCUGCCAGCGAAACAAGAACAGCCUCUUAAUGUCACGCAUCUCUACAAAGGUCGAAAGGUCGUGACCUUUGACUCAAAAAGAAGCAGAACUCACAUUGACAAACUGAUUUUAAUCAGAAGUUGCAGCAAAACGAGAACUGCUGAGGGCAAAAUUAUUUUAGAAGGCAAAAAAUUAAUCACCGAUUCAAUCGUUCAAGGCAAAGCCGAACCAAUAGCGUUCUAUUCCUGGAAAGCUGAGAACUUUCUAGAAAUUCCACCUGCCGGGAUUACGUCAUCGGUUAAUUUUUUUGUCCUUGAAAAAAGAGAUUAUGUAAGGUUGACUUUACUGGGUACACCGCAAUCAGUUAUAGCGUUGUGUCGAAUUCCGAAUGAAAUUCCGAAGCCCGAAGGAUCGUUUCCACUGCAUUUGAUUUGCGACGGAGUUCGCGACCCUGGAAAUCUAGGUACCUUAAUUCGAAGUGCGGCGGCUGUUGGCUGUGAAAGUGUGAUUACAAUGAAAGGCACUUGCGAUCCAUGGGACCCGAAAGUGGUUCGAUCCGCGGUCGGGGCAAAUUUUUUGAUCCCGAUUCAAACUUAUGUUUCGUGGACAAAGAUUCAUGAUUUUGUACCUGAAAAUGUGAAGUUUUUAUUCGCAUCUUCUGAUGAAAGCGAUUUGAAUUAUGAUGAAAUUGAUUGGGGGUUAGAAAGUUCGAAAAAUUUGUUUCGUGGAUUUUCUGAAAUUGGAGCAAAUUCAGAGAUUCAGGAUCAUCUUUUAGAUUCGCGUGAAAAAGACGAUGAUUCACUUAAUUUGAGUUCAGAUUUCGACGACUUAGAUUUUGACGAUUUUUCAAACAGUUCAUGUGAUUCAAAUAAUUCCAAAGACCAACAGUUUGUAAAUGAUUCGCCGAAAGAGUUAAUCGAUACGGCGAAAUCAGAUUUGAAUUCUGAUGAUGCAGCAACGGCUCUCGUGGUUUCAAACGAAGGAUGGGGUUUGUCUGAAGCUGCGUCGGAAGCGCUUGAAAAGUUCGGAGGACACUCCAUACAUGUUCCGAUGAGCUCUAACGUGAAUAGCUUGAAUUGCAGUAUAGCUGCAUCUAUUAUUAUGUGGGAACUGAGAAAGAAAUAUAAACUAAGAGAGGCUUUUAAAAAUAAACCAUUUUGACAUGAAGACAUG